UCCCGGUUCCGCCCGGUAGCGCCCGGAGGGACCCGCGGAGGCUCUGCCCGGGCUGUCCCGGGGUGUCCCGGUGGGUGCCGGUGGGGCCCGGUCCGGCCCGGAUGGUGCUGGCCGGGGGCCGAGGCGCGCCGUGAGCCCGGAGCGCUCCGCAUGGACCCCCGCGGGAUGCGGCCCGGGGCGCCCGUCCUCCUCCUCACCUUCCUCCUCGGCGUUACCGGUGGGGGCCGCGUGGAGGUGCCGCGCAGCGUGACGGCGGUGCUGGGUCAGGACGUGGUGCUGCCGUGCCGGUACCGGGCGCAGGAGCAGGAGCAGGUGGUGCAGGUGACGUGGCUGAAGCGCGGCCCGGGCGCGGGGGCCGAGGUGGCCGUGCUGAACCCGCAGCACGGCGAGCACGUCCAGGAGCCCUUCGCUGGCCGCGUCCUGCGCCACGGCCACGGCGGCCUGGAGGACGGGGACAUCCUCCUGCGCAACGCCGUGCAGGGCGACGAGGGCGACUACGAGUGCCACCUCAUCACCUUCCCCAUGGGCAACUUCGAGGGACGGCUCACCCUCAGGGUGCUGGUGCCACCGCUGCCCAUCCUGAACCCGGGCCCGCCGCUGGAGGAGGGCCAGGGCCGGACGCUGGCGGCGUCGUGCACGGCCGAGGGCAGCCCGGUGCCGUCGGUGCGCUGGGAGACCGAGGUGCGCGGCACCAACGCCACGCGGCGCUCGGCCCACGCGCGCUCGGCCUCCGUCACCAGCGAGUUCUUCCUGGUGCCCGGGCGCAGCAUGAACGGCAAGAGCCUCACCUGCGUGGUGGCACACCCCGGCCUGCGCCACGAGAAGAGGAUCACGCACCUGCUCAGCGUCGCCUACCUGUCGGACGCGUCGGUGCUGGGUCACACGGCCGAGUGGCAGGAGGGGAUGGAGGGGGCGGCGCUGACCUGCCUGGGGGAUGGCAACCCCCCCCCGACCUACAACUGGACACGGGUGGACGCUCCGCUGCCCGCGGGGGUCAGGGCCAAGGGGGACACGCUGCUUUUCCAGCGGCCCCUGGCCGUGGCCGACGCCGGUGACUACGUGUGCCGAGUGUCCAACCGCGUGGCCGCCAAGGAGGCCCGGGCCAACGUCAGCAUCCGGGGACGAGCCACAGAGGACCCCGUGCGCCGCGUGGACCUGGUGUCGGCCUCGGUGGUGGUGGUCGGGGUGAUCGCCGCCGUCCUGCUCUGCGUCCUCGUCAUCGUCGUCGUGGUCAUGACCCUGUACCACAAACGCAAGACACAGCGCAUCUCCGAGAAGUACGAGGAGGAGCUGACGCUGACCCGGGAAAAUUCCAUCCGGAGGCUCCACUCCAGCCACAGCAGUGACCCCCGGGCACAGCUGGAGGAGACGUUGCAGCUGCGGACAGAGAGUCGCCAGGGCAGCCUGCGAGGGGACAGCCUGCGAGGGGACAGCCUCAGAGGGGACAGCCUCAGAGGGGACAGCCUGCGUGGCACCAGCAUCUGCUCCGCCAUGAGCGAGGAGCCCGAGGGCCGCAGUUACUCCACGCUCUCCACGGUGCGGGAGAUCGAGACGCAGACGGAUGUCCCCGUUGUCCCCGUUGUGUCGGCGCCACCUCCGCCAGCCCCCGGCGGGAAGGAGCCCAAGGAGGAGGAGGAGGAAGGGGGCGGUGGGGGGGACCCCAUCAAGCAGGCCAUGACGCACUUCGUGCAGGAGAACGGGAUGCUGCAGGCCAAACCCAGCUCCAACGGCAUCUACAUCAACGGCCGCGGCCACCUGGUGUGAGCCAGGCACCGAGGGGACACCUGGGGACAGCCAGGGGACACAGCCAGCACCCCCCGCGCCCGCCCGGCUCUGCCCCCGCCGCUCCGGUCCCCCGGUGUCACCUCGCUGCUGGUGUGGGGUUGGGGACAAGGACAGUGCCCCAGGACUGUCACCUCGCUGCUGGUGUGGGGUCAAGGAUGGACUUCAGUCCCCCGGUGUCACCUCGCUGCUGGUGUGGGGCUGGGGACAAGGACAGUGCCCCAGGACUGGCUGCGGUCCCUGGGUGUCACCUCGCUGCUGGUGUGGGGUCAAGCAAAGACUCUGGUCCCCAAGUGUCACCUCCCUGCUGGCACAUGGAGUUGGGGACACCUCCAAGCCCCAGGACAUUCUUCGGUCCCCAAGUGUCACCUUGCUGCUGGCACAGGCUUGGGGACACACAUGGCACCCCUGGACGUGCUCUGGUCCCCAGGUGCCACCUCCCUGAUGGCACAUGGAGCUGGGGACACCACCAGGUGCCAGGACAUGCUCUGGUCCUCAAAUGUCACCUCCCUCCUUGUGUGGGGUCAAGGACCAGCUUCGGUCCCCAACUGUCACCUUGCUGCUGGCACAGGCCUGGGGACAGCACUGAGCUCCAGGACAUGCUCCUGUCCCCAGGUGUCCCCUCCCUUGUGGUGUGGGGUCAGGGGUGGACUCUGGUCCCCAAGUGCCACCUCCCUGCCAUCACAGGCCCGGGGACAAACCCCAGGACAAGCUCCUGUCCCCAGGUGCCACUUCCCUGCUGUCACUGGCUUGGGGACACCGCUGAGCUCCAGGACAUGCUCCUGUCCCCAGGUGUCCCCUCCCUGCUGCUGUGGGGUCAAGGAUGGACUCUGGUCCCCAAGUGCCACCUCGCUGCCAUCACAGGCUUGAGGACAUCAUCAAGCCCCAGGACAAACUCCUGUCCCCAGGUGCCACCCAACCCCGGGCUGGGGACACUUGUGGUGACAUUGGGGACCCCCCAGGACUCCCCAAACCUCCCAGGACCGAGCGGGGCAGGAGCCCCCGGGUCCCCCCGACCCCCCCGGGACUGUGGUGGCAGUGGGGACAGCCGUGUCCCCUCCCCCCCGGGCUGGGGGAGGGGCUGUACAGCCGUGUAUAGACCCUGUAA